AUGGCGGUGACGCGGAAGCUGGGCAUCCGCCUGGCCUACUCGGCGGCCGGGAGCGUGUCGGGGCUGUCGGUCUUCCUGGUGUGGAACCUGGCGCCCAGCCUGCGGCAGCCCUACACCGCCGCCGCCGGAGGGCUCUCCGGUAAGACGCGACUCUCCGCGCAGCCUCGCCUUCCAAGGGCCCCCCGGCCCGUAGGGGAAGCCCGCCUGGGGAAGGGUCCGCUCCGGGGAGCCCCUCUCUCCCGCGCCCUCCCCUGCUCGCCGGGGCUUCGUCGCUCCGAGUCCGCGGCGAGCUUGCUUCGCUUUUGUGCGGCGGGGCCACAGCUUGAAGGGGGCCUGGGGGACUCUCGGCCACCUAAACUUUCUGAGCAGCCAGAGGAGGGUUAGUUGCAAGCUGGCCUCGCGGGACAAUCCACAUUGGAUUUAUUUCCCCUUCGCUGCCCCAACCGGAGAGCCUUAAAAACAACAACCUAGUGUCCCUACAGUUCUUUCCCCGGGUGCUAAAGGUCACUUGAAUUCUUUUAAGUGCUUUUUCUAGUUGUAAUACUUACCAGUUGCCCUUGUUGUGAGUAUAAAUGUGACAAGUUGUAGCUAAUCUGUGGUUUUUUAAAUUGUUGUUGUUGUUAUUAUUAUCAUCAUCUGAAGAAGGGACUCGGAUGCUAUUUAUAUGGAGAGAGGCGGUACUUGGGAUAUUGCAGUCCUUAGUUAGAUUUAUCUACCUUACCCCCCACCCCAACAGCUCAGAGUGACAUUUUAAUUCUUUGCAACCCUGGGACGUAGGCUAAGAGAUAGCAACUGGCCCAUUGAUGCCCAAAGAGCCCCAGCCUAUCCCUGUAACCAUUAACAGCACUCUAACAUAUACUUCAGACUAAAGGCAGUAUGAUAAUUUGUGUGCGGAGAGGGGGAGACAAUUUUUUGUUUAUUACUGCAUUUACAGUGGUACCUCGGGUUACAUAUGCUUCAGGUUACAGACAUUUCAGGUUACAGACUCUGCUAACCCAGAAAUAGUACCUUGGGUUAAGAACUUUGCUUCAGGAUGAGAACAGAAAUCGUGCGGCGGCAGCAGGAGGCCCUAUUAGCUAAAGUGGUGCUUAAGGUUAAGAACAGAUUCAGAUUAAGAACGGACCUCCGGAACGAAUUAAGUACUUAACCCGAGGUACCACUGUAUAUUGCAUCUUUCCUCCAAGAAGCUAUAGGUGCUGUGUGUGAGUCUCCCUCUCCUCAUUUUGUCCUUGCAACAACCCUGUGAGGUAGGUCUGGUUGAGAGAUGCUGGCUGGCCCAAGAUGGGCAGAAUGGGGAUUUGAACCCUAGUAUGCCAGGUCCUGGUUUGACACUCAGACUGCUGCAUCUCACUGGCUGUUAGGCUUUAAAGAGCCACCAGGGCACCUAAUAUUUAGGAUCCAACCUUCUACAAAAAUAUGGAUAUGUUGAUGUUUAAAAAUAGCUUGGUUUCGGCAUUAAAUUGUUAGCAGCUUUGUACUACCAAGUAGCAGUUUUAAGACAGGGCUUAAAAGAAAGGAAUUUCAGCACUUGGCACCUGUUGAACUCAAGGCCACUCUAAGCGUGACUUCUUCUCCCUGCAUGUAGAAAUGCAGUUGCAUGCAGCCUGUUUGUGGUUUGCAAUGCAUGUAUUUUCCUGAUGCCUUUUUGAAUACAUUCUUCCCCUUUGUCCAGCAUCACAAUCGUCUCUUGUAGGCAGGCAGCAUGGAGAAAACCGUGUGUCUCGUAUAAUUGUCAGGUCGUGUCAGGGUACAGCAUGGCAUGAUGGGAUUUUGGCUACUUUCUUUUUGUACUUCGGUAGUAGUUGUCAGGGCAACUGUCACCCUCUCGUUAUCACCUUCAUGAGAAUCAUAUUCAUUUUCUUUCUUUUAUCCCCAGUGAAUUUCUGAACAUGGUUCUGAAAGCACUGAUGAUGAACCGGUUUAAACCAGAGAGAUUUGGGACUUGGAGGAGCACAAGUUCAAAUCCCAGCUUCUCUGACUUUGUGACAUUGGUGACACUAAUCCCUUGGCCUUGGCUAUCCUGUCUGUAAAAUGGGAACCAGAAUAACCAGUCCUGGAAGGGAUGGGGAUGACUCAGGUGCUGCCUUUGGAGCCUAGAAAUGUUUUUCAGUACCUGAACAUUAUUACCCUGUUAGGAAGGAUAUUACCAAGUUAAAUGAGAAGCACGGUAAAACAAAUUGCAUUGUAAUAGAAAAAACUUGACAGUCGUCUCUGAAGGAUUGAUGACUUUGUUUAUUUGGGGAAAGGCAGCUGCCAUUUAAUUACAUUUUAUUUAUUUAUCCAGUUUGCAUACCACCCUUCAUCCAUAGAUCUCAGGGUGGUUCACAGUAUAAAAAUACAAGAUAAAAACACUACACACACACACCACCCCCUCCCACCCACACAUUUAAAAGGAUUGAGGAAUUUAGCCAGCCAUAUUCAUUUCUUUUUUUCUCCAUAUUCAUUUCUUUAUUAAGUACAUAUGAAGCUCCUAUAUAAUAAUAAUAAAUUUUUAUUUAUAUCACGCCCUCCCCAGCUGAAGCCGGGCUCAGAGCGGCUAACAACAGUAAAAUAACACAGUUUACAUAAAUCAAUUAAUUGAAAUACAUUUUAAAAUCAAUUCAUUCUAAAAUCAAUUCAGAGUCAAAUUAAUGGCAACCAUUGGGUUAGAGUUCUAUGAGGAUUACCAAAGGAGGAGGUCAUUCUGUGCCUUGGCCAAAGGCCUGGUGGAACAACUCUGUCUUGCAGGCCCCGUGGAAAGAUGUCAAGUCCUGCAGGGCCAUAGUCUCUUGUGACAGAACGUUCCACCAGACCAGGGCCUCGACCAAAAAAGCCCUGGCUCUGGUUGAGGCCAGUCUAACCUCCCUGUGGCCUGGGACCUGCAAGAUGUUUUUGUUUGAAGACCGUACGGUCCUCCGUGGGACAUACCAGGAGAGGUGGCCCCAUAGGUACGAGGGUCAUAGGCCGUAUAAGGCUUUAAAGGUUAAAACCAGCACCUUAAACCUGAUCCUGUCCUCCACCGGGAGCCAGUGCAGCUGGUAUAGCACCGGGUGAAUGUGCUCCCGUGGCAAGGACCCCGUAAGGAGUCUCGCCGCGGCAUUCUGCACCCGCUGGAGUUUCUGGGUCAGUCUCAAGGGCAACCCCAUGUAGAGUGAGUUACAAUAAGUCUGGAGGUGACUGUCGCGUGGAUCACAGUGGCUAGGUCAGGGCGAAAGAGGUAAAGAGCCAACUGCUUAGCUUGGCGGAGAUGAAAAAAUGCUGCCUUUGUUAUAGCUGCAAUCUGCGCCUCCAUGGAAAGGGAGGUGUCAAAGAUUACACCCAAACUCUUAACGGACGGUGCUGGCACUAAUUGCGCCCCCGCAAGAGAUGGGAGUUGCCCCCCCAUCCCAUAUCGUCCCGUCCCAGCCAUAGGACCUCUGUCUUCGAAGGAUUUAACUUCAACUGGCUCCCAUGUAACCAUUCAGCCGCAGCUUCCAAACAUCUGAUCAGUGUGUCUGGGGCCGAGUCAGGAUGGCCACCCAUCAACAGAUAGAGUUGGGUGUCAUCAGCAUACUGAUGGCAGCCCAAUCCAAAACUCCGGACAAGCUGGGCGAGGGGGCGCAUAAAGAUGUUAAAAAGCAUUGGGGAGAGUAUCGCACCCUGCGGCACUCCACACACCAAGGAGUGGCAUGACGACAGUUCCCCCCAAGUGCCACCCUCUGUCCCCGACCAGAGAGAAAUGAGCACAGCCAUUGAAGGACUAGUCGUAUAUAUAGAGUCAGACCUCUGUUCCAUCUUCUGCAGUACAGUGGUACCUUGGUUUGCAACCGCUUUGGAUUAUAACCGUUUUGGAUUACAACCACGUCAAACCCGGAAAUGUGUGUCCCUUUUUUUGGAUUACAACCCAUUUUUGUUUUUAUUACAACCAAUUUUGGGGGGGAGGCCCCAUUGGCGAAAGUGUGCCUUGGGUUACAGCCUGUUUUGGUUUACAACCGCACCUCCGGAAUGGAUUAUGGUUGUAAACCAAGGUACUGUACUGUACUGUCUACUGUUACUGACAGCGAAUCUUUAGGGUGUUGGGCUGUUGCCUUUUCCAGUCCCCAGAUCCUUCAAAUCUAUUUUGACCCUGAGACUGAGGUUGGAGACCUGCAUGCAAAGCAUGAGCUCUACCAUUUGUCAUAUAUAAACGGCUACUUAUAUAUUGCCACUAAUCCUUGCAAGCUAUUAGAACGUGUUGUGUUCUGAGUUGAGAACCCGUGGCCCUCCAAAUAUUGUUAGAACACCAGCCCUGAUCAGCAGUGGUCAGGGAUGAUGGCGUUGUAGGCCAAUAGCACCCACCCCUGCUCUACUUUUGGACCUCAGCAUGCAGAUAGGUGCAGGCUUGAUUUUUGGAGGCAGAAGGCCAGAAGCAAAUCUAGACACCAUCCUGGAGUUUAUGCCUUCAUCCUGGCUGGGUGUUCUGGCCCUCACUGGGGAUGGGAAUCCCACAGGCCUGCGCAUGUCUGUGUGCAAUGUGACUAUGGCCACAUUCACAACAUACAUUUAAAGCACAAUGAUGCCAUUGACAUCACUGUACUUUCCAGCGCUCCCUGUGAAGAGGGAUUGUUUGGUAAGUCACUCUGGAAAUCGUAGUUCUGAGAGGGCACCUGGGCUCUCCUAACAGCUCACAGCACCCUUUAAAAACCACAGCUCCCAGACUCUUUUGGGAAGGGAAGGUGGUAUCACGGUGCUUUAAAUGUAUGACAUGAAUGCGACUUUGUGCAAAAUCCAUAGAGAAUGCAGGAGAACCCACCCAUUAAUGAGCUUUUCCCCAUCUGCCGUGUCUAGCAUUCUGACAGUUGGAAGUAAAUUUUGCUAGGUUGCAGUCUUCUGUCUUAAGACGCUGUGAGCUGUAAGUGAAAGCUUCCUCCUGAACCUCUGGGCUGUGGAGUGCCUUAUGUGGGAGCUGUGCCCAGAUGGGGAAUCUUAUACCCUGGUUUGGUUUGGCAGUGCAGAGGCAGGCCAGUUAAAACAUGUUUUGGUUUUGGGUUUUUUUAUGAAACCAUUUUUAUUGGUUUUACAAAUACAAACUAUAAAUGAACACAAACCAGUAAAAACAUAUCUAUAUAAAGAGAUUCCCCGAAUCUCAAGACUUCCCCCCAUCUCCUCCAUGGGGGUCUCAUUUUAAACAUCUACAACUGCAUAUUGAUCUGUGUCAAACCAUAUUGUCCAUAAUAAUUUUUACACUACAAGUGAGUCAAAAUCUUGCUCUUGUUUCCAUCUGCUUACAGUGGUCUCCUACAUAACUUAUAAAUUUUUCCCAUUCUUUUAUAAAGUUUUUAUCCUCUUGAUUUCUGAGUUUUCCAGUCAGCUUUGCCAUCUCGGCCUAGCCCAUCAGCUUGGUUUGCCAUUCCUCUCUGGUAGGGACUUUGUCUUCUUUCCAGUUCUGGGAUAAUAACUUCCGGGUGGCUGUUGUUCCAUAUAUGAAGAGUAUUUUCUGCUCCUUUGGUAUGUUAGUACCUGUAAUUCCUAAUAAAAAAGCUUCUGGUUUCUUAACAAAAGUUAUUUUAAGCAUUUUUUUAUUUCAUUAUAUAUCAUCUCCCAGAAUGCUUUUAUUACCUUACAAGUCCACCACAUAUGAUAAAAGGUACCUUCUUUUUCUUUACAUUUCCAGCAGAUAUUUGAACUUGUCCUAUACAUUUUUGCUAACUUAGUAGGAGUCAAAUACCACCGGUACAUCAUUUUCACAUAAUUUUCUUUCAGUGUACAACAUGCCUUAAAUUUCAAAUCUGAUUUCCAUAACCUUUCCCAAUCUGCCAUCUGAAUAUUAUGUCCCAAAUACUUUGCUGACUUGACCUGUUCAUCUUUUGUGGGCCGCUCUAAAAACCAAGCUAUACAUUUUAGAUAAUGAUUUAACAUUAUUUUCUAACAAAUCUUUUUGAAAUCUUGAUAAUUCACAACUAAAACCUUUCUUUUUAUCUAUCUUAAAUAUAUCAUUUAAUUGGUGAAAAUGUAACCAGUCCAUUAUUAAAUCCCUUAUCUCAUCAUAAUCUUUUAGUUUCACCAGCUCUCUAUAUGUCAGCCAAUUAAUUCUCAUAUUCGCUUUUUUCAAAGAUAUUAUUUCUAAAGGGGAAAGCCACCAAGGUGUUUUUUGCUUUUUCCCAUACCAGAAAGAUUGAUUUUCUUAUUAGAUGAUUCUGAAAACCUUUAUGCACCUUAGCUUUCUCAUACCAUAAGUAUACAUGCCAUCCAAAUCUGUUGUCAUGUCCUUCCAAAUCUAUUAUAUCUGCCUUUUUCAAUAUUAUCCAUUCCCAGAGCCAGCAAAGACAGGAUGCCUCAUAAUAAGGUUGUGCUGUAAUAAACCUCUUUGCUCUCUGCCUCCACAGUUGGAGGCAGCAAGGCUUCUGAAUGAAACCACAGGAGGGAAGAGGGCUCUUGUGCUCAGAUCCUGCUUGCUGGUUUCCCACAGCUUGGCAACGGGGAGAACAGGGUUGGCCUGAUCCAGCAGGCUCUUCUUUUGUUCAUAUGUGUUCUCUACAGCUCAGUUUUGCAGCAGUUUACAGAUAUGUUGAAGCUUGUUUUAAUGAAACGGUUGCAUUUGUUUUUCCUUCUGCUCAGCAAUUUUAGAAUAUUAAGCAGUUUGGUUGCUUUUAAUCAACUAAGUAAGUGGUUGAGGGGAGAAAUCCAUGAGCUGUGCUCCUUCAGACAGCCGAUGGAGCUCACAUGACUGAAUGCUGAUCCGUAGAAAGCAAAUUCCUUCCACAUAGAAAAGGGUAGGAGCAUCAGAGCCCUUUCCUGCAGCCUGAAGCAGUGCAAGACAGUCCUAUAAGAACCAAGAUGACCUGAUGUGUUAUCAAAGUGUGCUGACUUACAUUAUCCUACCUAACUAGGCGCUGCCCCCACCCAGUUUCAGACUCUGAUCAAAACUCUUAUGUCAGGAGGUCUUCGCACCCUGAAUGCACCUCACAUGUUUUACAUAGUGUUUUAGUUUGUGAAGUUUGUGAGGUUUUAUAUUCUUGAGGUUUUAAAUGAUGUAUAUUGUAUGUGGUGUUUUUUUUAUUAUUGUACACUGCUUUGAGACCUACGUGGUGUGAAUAGCUCCAUAAUGGCCAGGGAUUAGGAGUCCAGUCUCCUCUGGAAAGGCCACAGUUUCCUCAUGCCUGCUUUAUGCGAUGGGAGCUCCCCUCAGAUCUCAAGGAAGUGCCCCACUGAAUUGGGGAGUGGAGCUCUGGAAGGCUAUGCUACCACUCAGUGGAUUUGUAACUGGCUGACUGACCGAACCCAAAGGGUGCUCAUCAAUGGUUCCUCUUCAUCCUGGAGAAGAGUGACUAGUGGGGUGCCACAGGGUUCUGUCUUGGGCCCGGUCUUAUUCAACAUCUUUAUCAACGACUUGGAUGAUGGACUCAAGGGCAUCCUGAUCAAAUUUGCAGAUGACACCAAACUGGGAGGGGUGGCUAACACCCCAGAGGACAGGAUCACACUUCAAAACGACCUUGACAGAUUAGAGAACUGGGCAAAAACAAACAAGAUGAAUUUUAAGAGGGAGAAAUGUAAAGUAUUGCACUUGGGCAAAAAAAAUGAGAGGCACAAAUACAAGAUGGGUGACACCUGGCUUGAGAGCAGUACAUGUGAAAAGGAUCUAGGAGUCUUGGUUGACCACAAACUUGACAUGAGCCAACAGUGUGACGCGGCAGCUAAAAAGCCAAUGCAAUUCUGGGCCGCAUCAAUAGGAGUAUAGCAUCUAGAUCAAGGGAAGUAAUAGUGCCACUGUAUUCUGCUCUGGUCAGACCUCACCUGGAGUACUGUGUCCAGUUCCGGGCACCACAGUUCAAGAAGGACACUGACAAACUGGAACGUGUCCAGAGGAGGGCAACCAAAAUGGUCAAAGGCCUGGAAACGAUGCCUUAUGAGGAACGGCUAAGGGAGCUGGGCAUGUUUAGCCUGGAGAAGAGGAGGUUAAGGGGUGAUAUGAUAGCCAUGUUCAAAUAUAUAAAAGGAUGUCACACAGAGGAGGGAGAAAGGUUGUUUUCUGCUGCUCCAGAGAAGCGGACACGGAGCAAUGGAUCCAAACUCCAAGAAAGAAGAUUCCACCUAAACAUUAGGAAGAACUUCCUGACAGUAAGAGCUGUUCGACAGUGGAAUUUGCUGCCAAGGAGUGUGGUGGAGUCUCCUUCUUUGGAGGUCUUUAAGCAGAGGCUUGACAACCAUAUGUCAGGAGUGCUCUGAUGGUGUUUCCUGCUUGGCAGGGGGUUGGACUCGAUGGCCCUUGUGGUCUCUUCCAACUCUAUGAUUCUAUGAUUCUAAGGCGGAAGCCGCUUUCCUGAUUCUUGGAAUGAACCUGCAGGACGAUGACAUUCAUUCUUAAGAAGCUUUUUUUGCUAUUUUUAAGUCAGGCAGGUAGUUCAGUCGAUUGGAUAAAGCAAGGCUUUGGAUUAAGAUCUUCUCCAAAGGGAGACAUUGCCAGACAAGUGGAUAAAAAGUUCAAUGUGGAUGUGAAAGACUGGAGAAGCAAACAAUGGUGUGUGCUGUGCAAAAGUGGGGGUUGCAUCGUGUACAGGGCACACUCCUUUCAAGCUGACCUGUUCCCUGAGCACUGAUUGUUUUGCAGCAAGAUGGUUCCUGUUAUUCAAGGGAUUGGGUCAGGCAUGGGCAUCCUGUGGCCUUCCAGAUGUUUUUAUUAAUUAUUACAUUUAUGUACCACCUUUGUCUUCCAAGGAACUCAAGGUGUACAUGGUUCUCCUCUUCUCUACUUCAUUCUCACAACAACUCUGUGAGGUAGGUUAGGCUAAGAGAUGGCAAGUAACCCAAGGUCACCCAGUCACCCCGACCACACGUCAGGCUGGCUGGGACGGAGGAGAUUUGGAGCCCAACAGCACCUGGUUAGGUAGAUGGCAGCAUUCUGUAAAACCAGGAAAUAUUGUCUACAUGGCACCUAAAUGUAUAACAAGCAUGUGCAACUGUAGAAAAGUUAGGCAUUGUGGAAUACCUGGAAUGAGGCCUUGGAGAGCUGUUAGAAGUCAAUGUAGACUGAAUGGAGAAUCUGUAGAUGCAGUUGGACUCCAAUUGCCAACAGCCUCCAGUAGAAGGUUGCUUUAUAUGCUCAUAUGUAAAAUUCUCUACAAAGAAAUGUUCCCUGUGUGGGUGUGAGAAGAGGCUUCCCGGAUGGCGUUUCAGCGUUAGACUGCGUGCAUCUCAUCACUUUCAGGACUUACUCGUCAAACCUGAUGCCACAUUGGUGAAGGUUCUGUGUGAAAUCUCCUUUCAGUUUUGCCUUCAGGCUCACUUCUUAGCCACCGCUGUGCCAAAGGGUGCCUUCACGCAUUCAAAGCUGUUAACCCAGCUGGCUGCUUUGGUGAUUUCUAACAGCAGCAGUUGCCGGCAGGAACACAUGGUGAGAAUUGCGGGCAUUGCAGGAGCCCUGGGGCUCAAAUUAGGCUAUUGCUGGAGUGCUGAUGCUCAAAUUGGGGGUGUCUCUGACAGCUGGAGCUUCUAGAGGGGCAAAGAUUUAUCAGGAGGCAUGAUCUUGAAGGUUGUUUUUGGCAGGGUGCAUGAAAAUGUGAAGGAGGCAAGGCUACUUCUGUCUUGAGCAAUGAUCUCAAACGUUUCUUGUUCCGUUUCAGGAAUGCAGGCCGAGACUUUACCAAGAAAGGAGUCCGGGUGCAAGGCUGCAUGGGUGUGGGCCAAAAGGAUCACUGUCUUUAGGGAUAGGAGGCAGCGCUGGGUUGCAGAAUGGUUCCUCCCUUGAAUGUCUUCCUCCUCCUUUCCAGCCAGGCAGUUGCUGACGUCAUUUAUCUCAUUCCAGCAUGCAGAAAAGGACCAAAAGAAACACAAAAAAGUUCAAAACAACUGUAUUGUGGAUCUGCCCAGUUGAGCCUGCCAAGGGUUUGUUUGUCCUGGAUCUGGACCAAAUAGAUCAUGCUCAGCUGAACAGCCUUCUCACAAUUGCUUGUUGUCCCCAGGAGUCAGGUAGCAGGAAGACACAGAGGAGGCAUUUGUACACUCCAGAUGUUUUGCAGGGGAAGGGUUGCCACCACUCUGCCCCAGUGGGGUGAUAGGACGGCUUAGAUAACAAAGACCCUAAACCCCAAUCUAAACCCUUUUUAUCUGAGUGUUGGAGAACUGGAAAGGUCUUUAAUGCUGUUACUAGCAGUGCCUUCAACCCUGUGCCUAGUUUGUCAGGGUUAAUUCAAUUUUGGAGGCUGCUGUGCAGAGUUCUCGUUUUGCCCAGCAUUUUCUGCCAAGUCACUCUGAAGACUUCCCUUCCAAAGAUUCCUUUGCAAAGUCAUGGUUUUUGGGAAGUGCAGCGUCAGGUGUCCCCUAACGCAAGGAGGUGCUUGGGUGCUGAAUCAGUUUCUGACACGUGAGGGGGAGCCUCUGACCACACACACUUCCUGCUGAGAGAAGCAGCCUCUGGAAUGACCCUGCAUUUUUUAAAAACCAUCCAUAUUAUUUUAAAUGUAGACCAGAAGAUUGUUUCUUUUCCUUUUCUUUUCUUUUUUUGGUUUGUCAGCAAUGUUGCAAAUAUUAUUUUUCAAUGUAUUUUUUUUAAAAAAGAUUUUCUUGAUUUACAAAGGUGUGUGCAAUGUCUCUCUCUCUCUCUCGUAUUUUUUUUCCAGGUAACUUUUUUUUUUUACAAAUCGGUUUCAUUUGUUGAGGAAGAAUAGGGGGAAAGAGGUGGAGGGGGGAAAGAUGAGUGGGGGUGGGGUCGGGUGGUGAUGUUUCUAUUUUACUUACUAUAUGUGGGGUUUGGUGUCAGCCUUGCUUGUGCAGGUUCUCUGCUGUUCACUUGUGUUUCUUUGGUGGUGAGAGAGGUUGGGGUUGGCCCAGGGUGUGGCUGUUCGUUUGUGGUUGGCUGUGGUGGUCUUUGUGUUUCUGUAGCCUGUCUGUGGAAAUCGGCACCUGCAGUUUGGGUUCCCCUUCUUCAGAGCUAGCAAAGCACUGCGGAACUUCCUGUUUCCCCACCCCUUAAAACUUGCAGGAAUCCUGUCUUAUUGCACAUCCAUGGUUCUUCCAGAACAGCCCUUGCCAACCUUGUGCUCUCCAGUUCCUUUGGACUACAGUUGCCAUCACAGCCACUGGGCAGGACUGAUGGGAUGUGGAGUCCAGCAGCAUCUCCAGGGGCACAUUCCACCCUUGACUUCCCGCUUGGGGUGGGUGUAACAAUUAUGCCAGGGCUGGGGGAUCCCUGCCUCUCCAGAUGUUGCUGGACUGCAGCUGCCUUCAUCUUUUGGCCAGGCCAGCAGGGGCUGAUGGAAUUGGAGUCCAACAUUACCUGGAGGGCCAAAGGUUCCCCAGCCCUGGUCUGAAUACACCUGGUCUGAACACCAGAGAUGCAAUGCCAAAAUCACAUCAGUGCACAUAAUACAAGCCCUUCAGACUUCAGACAGAGUAACCUCUUUUGGCUGGCUGAACUGGUAAAAGUGGAUGCCCCCCCCCACCCUCAAUUUCCCCUCUUGUAAGGAUAAAAACACCUGGUUCUAGGAACAGUGAUCACCUCCAUGCUGCUUCUCAAAGCUCAGGCACUUUUACAUAGGUUUGUCUUCAAACCUGUGUUUGAUCCCUCAGUACAUCCCUGAAACAGCUGCAGAUCUUGCACUCAGUCCCUGCCCCCCCCCGCCCAGUGCUGAUGGCUGCAGCGCUGUUUUUCACCACAGGAGGGCAUUCCUUCCACUGUGUCCUCUCCCUGAUUUUAUUUGAAGUGGUGAGAUCUAAAGGUGUGCACUAAUCCAGAAUAUGGCAGCUAGACUGGUGACUGGGAGUGACUGCCGGCACCAUAUAACACCGGUCCUAAAGGAUCUUCACUGGCUCCCAUUAUGUUUCCAAACACAAUUCAGUGUUGGUGCUGACUUGUAAAGCCCUAAACAGCCUCAGCUCAGUAUAACUGAAGGAGCGUCUCCACCCCCAUCGUUCAGCCUGGACACUGAGGUCCUCCUCUGAAGGUCUUCUGCUGAUUCCCUCACUGCAAAAAGUGAAGCUACAGGGAACCAGGCAGAGGGCCUUCUCAGUAGUGGCACCCACCCUGUGGAACGCCUUCCCAUCAGAUGUCAAGGAGAUGAAAAAUUACACAACUUUUAGAAGACAUCUGAGGGCAGCCCUGCAUUGGGAAGUUUUUAAUGUUUCACAUUUUACUAUGUUUUUAUAUGUGCUGUAAGCCGCCCAGAGUGGCUAGGGAAAUAAUAAAAUUAUUGUUAUUAUUAUUACUACUACCUAUUGUGGAAGAGAACCACAAUAGGUGUUUGGUGGGUUUUUGAAAAAUAUUUUUUCCUGCUCAGACUUUUCUGUUCUGUUUAAUGCCAGUGUAGUGCCCUCCAGCUGUUUCUUGACUCCAACUCCCAUCAUCCUCAACACAGCCAAUGGUCAAGGGCUGAUGGGAUUUGGAGUCCAGCAGCAGCCACAGUCUCCCCACUCCUGGCCUAAGACCUGUGUGGAGAUGGAUGAUCUGCCCUGCAGUUCGUGUUGCCAUUGCUCUUGAUUCUUCUCCUUCUUUUCUCCCCCAGGGGUGCUGGCUCUCUGGACCCUGAUCACACAUGUGAUGUACGUGCAGGAUUACUGGAGGACGUGGCUGAAAGGCUUGAGGUUCUUCCUCUUUGUCGGCGUUCUCUUUGGUAUCAUCUCUCUGGUGGGCUUCUGCACAUUCCUGGCCUUGGCCAUCUCACAGCAUCAGUGUAAGUUGGGGGGGGGCAUUUGCUGUUCGGCAAGAGCUGAGUAGGUUCUGUGUGGCCCCAAAAGCAAAACAAGCAAAAUCAAAAUUUUGUUCCCCGAAAAUGCUGUAUUCUGCAGUCCAUAAUCCUCAGUGGCAGAACACUUGCUUUGCUCACAGAAGGUCCUCGGUUCAGUCCCUGGCAUCUCCAGUUGAAAGGAUCACCCAGCUGCAGUGGGGGUGGAAUGGACCUUUUGCCUGAGGCUUUGGCGACUCGCUGUUGGAAAGAGCAAGCUGCACUGAGCUCGAUGGGUCAGUAGACUGGCUUGGUCGAAGGCAAAUUGGCAUGUGCAAAAGAUAGAGGGAUGAGCCACAGUUGCUGCUUUGUAUGCAGAAUGUCUCAGGUUCUGAGCUGGGUAUCUCCAGCCAGAAGAAUCUUAGGGAGCAGGGCUCCAAAAUGUCUCUGUGACUAAGAAUUUACAGAAGGAUGGCCCAACUAUUUAUACCAGGUGGGCUGCAAGAGUGUUUUGAACCCACAGGCCGCACACUGCCUGGUUGUGGUGGUGAGGAGAGCAAGGCCAAAAUUGGACAUGCACCCGCAUGCUGCCUUCCCAAAGGUGGAUAAAUGAGGCUCUGGGCUUUGGGAAGGAGGCACGAGGCUCUGGCAGGGUCCUAGAGCCCUCCCUCCCUCAUUUCCAAAGCUGGGAAAGCACUAACUGGGCUUUGGGAAGGUGGAGGGAAGACUCUAGGACCCUGUCAGAGCCUUGUGCCUCCUUCCCAAAGCCCAGCGUCUCACCUGCCCAACUUUCGGAAGGUGGCAUGCUGAGGGCCGCCAGAAAAUGCGUUGAAGGCCACAUGUGGCCCUUGGGCUGCGCAUUGGACCAGCCUGAUUUACAUGGAUGCUACUGUUACGAAUAGACAAUACUGGGAGAGAUGGACUAGCAGGAGUCCAACUGAGAAUAAGAGAAGGUCAUAUAUUCCCAUUCGCAUUACUUAGUGUUUCCAUGUGUACUGGGGAGGGGAAUUUGUUAGGGAACCUGCCUUGAAGGGGGAUUCACUUUAGCUUCAACUUGGAGCCAAGGGGAGCUUUGCUUUUGCUUCUGAAGCUUCAGGUGCCGGCCUUCCAAAAUGCAGGGAAAGGGAUCCUGCGCACCCUCCUGCUACUGCGACUCCCAUCACCCCUGACUAUUGUCUGUGCCGGCCGGAGCUGAAAGGAGCAGGAGCCAAGCAUCAGCAGGAGGGUCUCAGGUUCCCCACCCUGCCUGGCGAUUCCCAUAGGAGGCAUUUAUUCUAUUGGCUUCCUUUGGCUGUGGCAACUCAUCCAGUGGAGUCUUCAGUAAUGAGCAAGGGAGGCUCUGUUCUCUCUCUUUUGUUUAACAUUAUUAAUGAUGCUUGUUCUUCUGUUUAGCCCUGAAAGACCCAAAGAGCUACUACCUGUCCUGUGUCUGGAGCUUCAUCUCCUGGAAGUGGGCCUUCCUCCUCAGCUUGUACUCCCAUCGGUACAGGAAUGAGUUUGCAGACAUCAGCAUUCUCAGUGACUUCUAA